GUCUAAAUGAAUGCACUGCACAGAGUUGCGGGCAGCAAAACUCAUCAGAUGAGUAGUUUAUACGGUAUCCGGUGCCUGUCCAGCUUCCCUGUUUAUAUUUGAGAGAUAGAGAGGGCAUGUCUAUAUAAGAUUUUAUUACUUUAUGAAGUGUGUGUACUUGUGGGGUGGAGUGGAGUGAGUGUCAUCUUAGGAUAAAGGGUCAGACCAAACCCACAUCUGUAAAUACACGCCUUUCAUUUCUUUUUCUUUUCUUCCAGCGCACGAUGCGCUUUUACGCACAGAGCAGCAGCAGCAGCAGCAGCAGCAGCAGCCCGGAGCAUCGACCCAGCAGUGUCCGGUAUUCAGUAAUCCUGUGUGCGUCAUGGCACUCCGCUUCUACCACCUCAUCCCUCCGGUCCUGCUCCUCAUCCUGGCUAUAGUAGGAAUUCUGCUGGUCGUCCUCCCAGCUGAAGAAAUGAAAGCGCCUCCUGAGAGCAUGUAUGGAAUUGUCCUGGAUGCUGGCUCCUCCCACACCUCCAUGUAUAUCUACAAAUGGCCGGCCGAUAAACAAAAUGGCACUGGGAUUGUCACCCAGCACAGCGAGUGUGAUGUGAAAGGUGGAGGAAUAUCUAGCUAUGCAGGCAAUCGCAGUGGUGCAGCGCAAAGUCUGGAGCCGUGUCUCAAACAGGCUAUGAAGGAUAUCCCCAAAUCCAAACACCACCUGACCCCAGUCUAUCUUGGAGCCACUGCAGGCAUGAGGCUCUUGAGUGAAACCGAUCCCACAGAAGCGCAGCAAAUACUAAAAGAAGUUGGCGACAAACUGCGAUCUUACCCGUUCAGCUUCCGUGAGGCUACCAUCCUUAACGGGCAGCAGGAGGGGGCGUAUGGCUGGGUCACAGUCAACUACCUGCAGGAAAACUUCAUUAAGUAUGGUUAUGUUGGUCAUUGGAUCAGUCCUGACAGAGCAACAGUUGGAGCCUUGGAUUUAGGCGGUGCUUCCACUCAGAUUACCUUUGAGACCUCAGACAAGCUGGAGAACAAGGACAACACAAUGGAGUUGAAGCUGUAUGGACGGAAAUAUCACCUCUACACCCAGAGCUUCCUGUGUUACGGCCAAGACCAGUUCCUACGCAGGCUGCUGGCUCACCUCAUCAGGACUCAAGGUACAAGAGGCAAAGUGUUUCACCCCUGCUAUCCAGCACAGUUCAGUGAUACCAUCAAGCUCGGGGAGAAUGUGUUCGACUCACCAUGCACUGACAAGUACAAGCCGGCAAGUUUUGAUCCGCAGCAGUCAGUGACAGUAGAGGGCGUUGGGGAUUACCAGCACUGCCUGGGGAACGUUUCAGCGUUGUUCUCCUUCAAAAACUGCUCUUUUUCCAAAUGUUCCUUUGAUGGAGUCUACCAGCCUGAUGUGAGAGGCAGCUUCAUGGCAUUCUCAGCCUUUUUCUUCACUCAUGACUUUCUCAAGCAAGCCACCGGUCUCCCUGUCAUGUCGCCCUCCCAAAUGGAGAAGGCAACACAGAUUGUCUGCAAUAUGACCAUCGCUGAGAUGCAAACAAAGGUACAAAGCAAGCCCAAGUACUUGAAGAAUUACUGUGCUGUCUCCAGCUUCAUGAAGGUUCUCUUAGUGGAUGGCUACCGUUUUGACGAGCACUCUUUCCAUCGCAUCUCUUUUGAGAAAAAGGCAGGAGGCACAUCUAUAGGCUGGGCUCUGGGCUACAUGCUGAGUCUGAGCAGCAUGUUGCCAGAACAGAGCCUAAGCCUGAGAAUGGCUCUACCUUCUGGGCCCUGGGCUGGCAUCCUCUUCAUCUUCAUCCUCCUCCUCUUCGUUUCACUGGGAUACAUUCUGUUGAAGGCCUGUCGAAGGAACAAGGACGGCAGAGACUUGGCGUGAGAGAAAAGUCAGCGUACACCAGUCUGCCUGAAAACUUUCAGUUGCUUUUGAAAUAAAAUCAAG